AAAAAUUGGCAAAGGAGUAAAUUGAAAGGAGAAGAAAUUUGUGAGUUUGUGAAAGUACAAAUGUUGUUGUCCUCCAUUGUGCAAAUCCCCCAUUUGUUUCUUCGACAUUCUUCAACAACACCACUCCGAAUCCGAUCAAUCUGCUCCUCCUCCUCCUUCAUCAAGAUGGCUUCACAAGACUACACUUUUGGACCUUACAAGAUACACCACAAUGAAGUCUUCUACUCCACCGAUCUCUCUUAUGCUAUGGUUAACCUCCGUCCUCUUCUCCCUGGUCAUGUUCUUAUCUGUCCAAAGCGUGAAGUUAAGCGUUUUGUUGAUCUCACUGCUGAUGAGACUUCUGAUCUAUGGCUCACUGCACAAAAAGUUGGCAGGCAGCUUGAGAGCUACCAUAAGGCUUCAUCACUCACUUUGGCUAUCCAAGAUGGGCCCCAAGCAGGACAGACUGUACCUCAUGUUCACAUUCAUGUUGUCCCGAGGAAAGGAGGCGAUUUCAAGAACAAUGACGAGAUAUAUGAUGCAAUGGAUGAGAAGGAAAAGGAAUUGAAGGAAAAACUUGAUUUGGACAAGGAGAGGAAAGAUAGGAGCCUUGAAGAGAUGUCACAAGAGGCAGAGGAAUACAGAAAACUUUUCUUGUAACAUUUUAGAUAGCAAUAGAAAUAGAAUUCUGUCUGCUUGAUGCAAACUUCUGAUUUUCUCAGUAUAGACAAUUUAACUGCACUUCCUUGUGGCCACAAAAAUUAAUUCCUUUACUUUAGAACUUUGAAUUGUACUCUUGACCAUACAAGCCAUAGGAAUAGUAAUCAUCUGUGGACCUUCCUAAGUUUUACAGUUACAUGCUGCAUUUUAAUUUCAAGGCAGAGUAACAAUCUGGUUCGGAGUUUGACUCAAAUUAAGAGCACUUACUCUCUUUUUAAUUUUA